AUAGCGUUGAUGACGGUGACUCUAUUCCCCAUCCGGUUGUUCCUGGCAGCCUUCAUGAUGCUGCUGGCCUGGCCCUUCGCCUUCAUCGCCUCUGUGGGACGCAACGAGAUGGUGGUGGAACCCCAGUCUCUAUGGAGGAAGUUUGUGGACGUGGCUCUGAGGACCACCAUGCGGGUCAUGUGGUUUGCAGGAGGCUUCCAUUGGAUGACGGUGAAGGGGCGCCAGGCGCUACCGGCCGAGGCCCCUAUCCUAACGCUGGCACCCCACUCCUCCUACUUCGAUGCGAUCCCCGUCACCAUGUCCAUGUCCUCCAUCGUCAUGAAGGCAGAGAGCAAGGACAUCCCUGUCUGGGGCACCCUGAUCAAGUACAUCAGACCAGUGUUUGUCUCCAGGUCAGACCAGGACUCCCGUAAGAAGACUGUUGAGGAGAUCAAACGCAGAGCCCAGUCUGGAGGAGAAUGGCCUCAGAUAAUGAUUUUCCCAGAGGGAACGUGUACCAACAGGUCGUGUCUCAUCACAUACAAACCAGGAGCGUUCAUCCCAGCGGUGCCAGUUCAGCCUGUUGUGAUAAAAUACCCCAAUAAAAUGGACACAAUCACCUGGACGUGGCAGGGGCCUGGAGCGUUUAAGAUCCUGUGGCUCACACUGUGCCAGCUGCACAAUGAGUUCAUCAUUGAGUUCCUUCCUGUCUACACUCCAUCAGAAGAGGAGAAGAACAACCCGGCUCUGUUUGCUCACAACGUCAGGCGCCUGAUGGCCAAGUGAGUCCUGGGACACACAGAU